AUGAAAGCCACUAGCAUGUUGGAGUCGUUACCUGCAGGCCGUCUCAUGAGACGUGCACGAACUGGCAUUUGCAAAGCCGCGGAUUUCAUGUGGAAAUGGUCGGUGCCCUACAAGAACAGAAAUCGGCCUCAAGACGAUGAUUAUGCAGCCAUAUGGAAAACGAAUCUUGAAGAGGCGUACAUACGCGCGGCCUUGCACGGCGCUUUGCCAGACAUUGCACUCGAUCAAUUGCCUGCAGAGGAGGAGCACAUACGGCAGCUCAUACGGCAGAGAUUCACCUCGCUGGGUGACAUGCAAGAUAUGAAAAGCGAGAAACAAGACCAGAAGAAGAUCUGGAAUGGGGUGCCCGAGGAAGCAUGGCCGAAUGUUCCCGAAAAUAUACGCCAUGUGCUGGCAGCCGCCAAUGCAAAAAAUAUGGAAAAUAAGCUGCAAUUUCUCGGCGAAGAAGAAUAUCAUCCCUCACAAGGCCUAGCCGCCAUACUGCGACACAGAUCUGGGGUCAAUAAGACUUUUAGAAUCUGGAGACGCGGAUUUGCCGCUGGCGUGGGCCGCACAGAGCGAAUCUGUGUCAACAUUUUCCUUCUUUUUCUCAUCUUUUGCUCCGUGUAUCCAAACGUUGCGGCCGGAUUUCUUGACGAGCGAUCUUACAAUCAGCGCUCGAUAGGCAGCAGAAUCAUGACACUGUUCCAGCUUUUCUUUCUCUGGACGUUUCCGUACCACACUCUGUGGCUGCUCUACAACUGGAGCGUCGAGAGACUCUUGGGAGGCCUGGUCGGAAGCACCGUGUACGCAUGCAUUGCCAUCUUUCCCGCUGUAAAGAAGGCCAAUGAAGCGUCAUGGUUUCGUACCAUGGUCUUGGUUCUGACCAUACUCUGGCAAAUGGGCGUUCAGUUCUUCGCUACGGUGCGCAACUACAUUGGGCGGCUCUUGACGCGACAUCAGAUGAGCAGCAUGCGACGAAGCGGCAAAAACGGAGAAACGUACUGGAAUUCUGUUGACAAAGCUAUUCAGCACGAGCUCAUCUCGCUCAAAGCACACAUCGAGCAGCAUUCGAAGGCUGGUGCUGUUCCACAGCCGUGGCAAGACGUUCCGAUUAAAGUACGAGUGGAGAGAUAUAUUCGAUUCACGUGCUGCUUUGACGUUGGCCGCGGUGCUGAUCAACUAAUUGGCCUUUUGAAAGACGACAUGGAGAGCAUUGUGAACAUCUAUGAGGACUACCGCUCGACUGCAAAAGGUCUCUCUGAUGAAGAAGCGCCAAAAGAGCAUGUCAGGGAUCACAUCGAACCACGACUUCCUAAGCUCAUGCUGGUUAUUUUCGACAUUGUCAUCUUUGCCUACGUCUGCUUCUCAUUCUGGUCGCAGCCCUUUACCUUCAACACGGUGGCGGCAUACAGCACCGUUGUGGUCGUCAAGCAAAGCAUCGUUCUCUGCAAGCGCUACCAGACUGUAGCGAAUGCUAGCAGGCUGUUCACGAACAUGGUCGCGUUCAACAUUUGGGGUAUUUUCUUGGUAUCCUUGCCUGUCACAAUUGACAAGAAUGUGCUUCAGGAUAAUGGUAAUUGGGUAGGACUUACCUUGGCCAUGAUUGUUGCAACAAAUUUCUUGACUGAACCGAUUGCUCCUUUGUUCCUUUUGAUGAUGGAGAAAAUCAUGGCUGGCGCAAAAGGCGCUUGA